UCUAAGCAUGCAUAUAGGGUGAGAGAGCCUUAUUGUCUUAGACGUGUCAGUAUUUUGGGUGUGAUCUAAGCAUGCAUAUAGGGUGAGAGAGCCUUGUUGUCUUAGACGUGUCAGUAUUUUGGGUGUGAUCUAAGCAUGCUUAUAGUGGGUGAGAGAGCCUUAUUGUCUUAGACGUGUCAGUAUUUUGGGUGUGAUCUAAGCAUGCGUAUAGUGGGUGAGAGAGCCUUAUUGUCUUAGACGUGUCAGUAUUUUGGGUGUGAUCUAAGCAUGCGGAUAGUGGGUGAGAGAGCCUUAUUGUCUUCUCAGACGUGUCAGUAUUUUGGGUGUGAUCUAAGCAUGCUUAUAGUGGGUGAGAGAGCCUUAUUGUCUUAGACGUGUCAGUAUUUUGGGUGUGAUCUAAGCAUGCUUAUAGUGGGUGAGAGAGCCUUAUUGUCUUAGAUGUGUCGGUAUUUUGGGGGUGAUCUAAGCAUGCGUAUAGUGGGUGAGAGAGCCUUAUUGUCUUAGAUGUGUCAGUAUUUUGGGUGUGAUCUAAGCAUGCGUAUAGGGUGAGAGAGCCUUAUUGUCUUAGACGUGUCAGUAUUUUGGGUGUGAUCUAAGCAUGCGUAUAGGGUGAGAGAGCCGCUGGGCAUCAAAACUGCUACUGAUAGGGUUCGAGUCUUUAUUUGACAUGAACAAUGAAUUGUCUCGGCUAUAUUUGAACAGUAAAUCGUAACAGAGUGUAACAACGUAGAAAACAGAAGUGAAAUGCUUUAUGAAACUCCUAAAUAGGAAAAUUACAGUGAUCAUCAUCAUCAUCAUCAUCCUCGUCAUACAGACCACAAGCUGUUUCAAGCUGACUCAUGGGUUUCAGGCAAGCUGAAGGAGAACUAAGUCUUCUAAAUAAAAAGCUGUCUGCACGUCGACAAUGGCACAUAAACAUAUAUUGUGGAUCUUUACCCUAACUGCUUCACUCAAUCUCUCAGUGAGUCAUGGUCCGCUUGAAGGAGUGAGCGACUAUGAGGUGGUCCGACCCAUCAGGCUACAUUCUCUGCAGAAAAGAGAAACACAAUCAUCCAGACUGGAAACUAUGAAGUAUGCAAUGAGAGUGGGUGGGAAAGACAUUGAGAUGCAUCUGGAGAAGAAUGGCGAAUUACUCACCAACGACUAUAGUGAGACUUACUACACUGAGGAUGGUACACCAGUCACCUCUACGCCUCAGGAUGUGGACCACUGCUACUACCACGGCACUAUUGUGAAUGACAGUGAGUCAACGGUCAGCAUGAGCACCUGCGAUGGACUCAGGGGAUAUUUCAGAACAGCUGCCCAAAGGUACCUGAUUGAGCCUCUGUCAGGGGGGGAUGAUGGCGAUCAUGCAGUGCUGAAAUACGAGGACCAGAGUUCCAAGCCGGUGGUGUGUGGAGUCACCAACACUAGCUGGAAUGCAGACUACCCUCCCAUAACUAGCAAGAGCCGCUCUCGAGCCUCAGGUCCAUCUCUACUGCAACAGCAAAAGUAUGUUGAGCUCGUCCUCGUUGCAGACAACCGUGAGUACAAGAACAUGAAGAGUAACCUCAGGGAGCUGCGUAAGAGGAUGUUUGAAGUGGUCAACUUUGUCAACAUGGUAUACAAGCCCCUCAACACCUUCAUUGCCUUGGUUGGUCUGGAGGUAUGGUCAGACAAUGAUAAGAUAUCAGUGACCGCCCCUGCUGGUGCCACCCUGGAUGCCUUUACCAAGUGGAGGAACAGUAACCUGGUCAACACCAAGCAUCAUGACAACGCACACCUCAUCAGUGGCAUUGACUUUGAGGGAUCCACGGUGGGUCUGGCCUUCAUUGGGACUCUAUGUUCAGAUCAUUCAGUUGGGAUUGUGCAGGGGAAUCUCCGUCGCCAUCUUGGAGGACGGUCCAAGGGAUUAGCCAAGCAAGGGAUGUUUGCAACGAUCACAACCCCAGGGCCAUUGCUGUAGGGCCACAUUGGCCCAUGAGAUGGGCCACAACCUGGGCAUGAACCACGAUGACUCCAGUGCCUGUGCUUGUUCUGGGAAUAGUUGUAUAAUGGCUGGGGCCCUCAGCUGGGAUAUCCCAAAGUCAUUCAGUAGCUGCAGUAGUGUAAACUACGAGCGGUUUCUGAAUAAUCGUAACCCUGAGUGUCUGCUGGACAAGCCAGACUACCGGAAUGUGGAAUCAACCCCAGUGUGUGGCAAUGGCUUCCUGGAGAUAGGAGAGCAGUGUGAUUGUGGCUCCCUGGAGG